AUGAGCUCCGGGGUUGUGGACUCGUCCCAGUGGCUGUCUGUGAAGGAGGAGACGAUUUUCCUCCACGAUGGACUCAUUCGGGUCACAGAUCUGGCUGAGCUUCCCAGUGAGAUUGGAGUGUCAGAGCAUGGGGACAUAGAGCAAGAGAUUUUAACAUUUGAGACCAAGAACCCUGUAGAGUUGGCAGAGCGUCUUCGAGCUGUUUGUGGAAACCAGAGUAAUGCAUAUGCCCGUCUUUUGGAAUACCGCCUCAAUGCUCUGCGUGGCCUGUGGGGGGCACAGAGGCAGCUGGCCCUGGAGGAGCAGCAGGAGCGUGAGGGCACUGGAGGUGCUGAUGAGGAGACCUUGGCCUUGUUAAAGAGGCAAGGUCUGCUCCAGCAGCCUGAGCAAGCACCCUUCACCUCCCGCGUGGGCCUGCUCCUCGUCUUCCCGCUUCUGCAGUCUCAGACACGUAGUGACCCUGCUCUGUGUGGUGUCACAGCAGAGGUGCUGCUGGCGUGUUUGCGGGACUGCCAGCCUCUCACUCUCAGUAAAGAGCCCACUGACUGUCUCAAUGGCCUGGAGGGACUGCUCUGCUCCUGGCUUGAAGAUGGCUUUCAAGAGAAGGAGCAGCUGCAGCCACAGACUUUUCACUCAUCAAGGCAGCGGGAGAAUGCUGCGGCCGCCCUGGUGGCACUGGCGUGUGCUAGGGGUUCGCUGAAGACUUUCAUUCACACCGUUCAUCUGCUGCAGAAACAGACUGAUCUUGGGCAGCUCCCUGUGUCUGAUGUAUUGUACAGGCUUUUACUUCUGGAAGGAGGCCCAGGCUCCCCAUCCUGCCUGUUGGGAGGCAAACAUUGUGUUUCAUGGGGGUUUGAGGACAUGUUGCCCACCCCAGAUAACUCUGCUGGUGGUGCAGAGAGUAAAGACACUGACCUGGGCCGCUGUCUAGCCACUGAUGGCCUAUAUCUGUACACCACCAACUCCUCAGGGAGAGGACUCAGCAAGCUUGGCUCUGGUUUGCAUGGGACAUUGAGGGGUUUUGUGUAUUGUCGAAAUGAAGAACUUGAGCCAGGUUGGGUGGUGUUCUGCAAUGGUCGCCUCCUUCACAGACCUCUUUCCUUUGAUGCCAAGCCUCAUCAGCUUUGCCAAGUUGUUGAUCCCUAUACACUACAGGUGUGCCAGAUUGUGUCCAUGCCAUCCCAUCACUUUCCUGUCGGCAGCAGUUUGACCACUUUGCAUCUUUGUUCUGAUGGGACCUUCCUGUACUGGAUCUGGACACCUGCUAGUAUCAAUGAAAAAACUCAAAAAGGACACUCUGUUUUUAUGGACGUCUUUCACCUCUCUACACAGACCGGUCUUUGUGUUGCCGAUGUCCUGCAAGAGAGGGUAAUUCUUACUCGCAAAGAAGGCGAGUCUUCAAAGUGCUUGAAUGAACUACUACUUAAUCGAAUGUCACGCUUUCGGGCGUCCCACUCUGCCACUUUGGCUGCCCUCACGGGCUCUGCCAUCACCAACACAGUUAAAGAAGAACAAUCUGCUGUGAACACCAGCUGUGGACUCCCUCUUAAGACCCUGAGAAGGACUCCCAUAUAUGUGUGUGGAACAUAUCUUGUGAUGUUGGUUUCGCCUCCUGGUGUGUCUGGAAGCUCAGCAACACGUUCACUGUUUGGAGGCACCAGCAGUUUAUCCUCUCUCAAAAUACUAGCCUCAAGCCUUGUCUUCAACUUGGCUGAUGGUCAGUUCAGCAGCCGUGCUGACUUGAUUGAUGCUCCUGGUAGUUCUCUAGGAAGAGGAGCCCAAGUAACUGGGCUUGGAGCUUGCUAUGAUGCAUUGAACAAUUUGAUUUGGACCUGCUCCAGCGAUUACAUAGAUCAGUGGUACAACCCUGGAAACCAAGCCUUUCAUCAUGUAUGCAACAGGCUUGGGGUCAGUCACAUCAUCAAAGAACCCAAAGAUGAAAUGGUGACAACUGGUGAAGUUAUCAACCAGCUACUUCAUCACAUUGGUUCAAUGUGCAUACACCAGCUAAACUUGCUUGCAGCCAGUAGCAACAAUUUGCCCUUAGGUGCAUUGCUGGGCAAACAGCAUCCUAUUGAGGCCCGUCACUUCAGCAGCAUCUGUGACAUCAUGGAAAGGGCAAUGGUGAAUGGAGACACAUGCGUUAUUCGCUGCAUCUUAGUUGUUUUUCAGGUGGUCUUUAGAUUUUACAACCCUCAGUCUGAGCAGAAUCGAGACAGUGUACGUCGGUCAAGCCUACUUUUGUGGCAGCUUCUUAUGGCACCUGUGGAUCAGAUUGGGGCCGAUAUUCAGAAAGAGGUGUGUCUUGCUAUCAGCUCUGGCGUGAAUAUAUUGUAUCAGGGGGAAGCAGAACUGAACAAACUUCUUAAACUGGUUCUCACUGAAGGAGAAAGAAACUGUGGCCUUUCCCAGCUUCGUGAUGUCAUACUUACCAAUUUAGCGGAUCAGCUGCAGAAGAAUAGAUUUGGCAGUGAAGAAGAUGAGCAUUACAGACUAAGUGAUGAGCUGCUACAUUGUAUCCUCAAGACAGUCGUUCGUGAAUCUUGUCUUCUCAUAACCAAAUGUCAAACUGUUGCCAGAGAAGACUUCCAGAAGCUGCUCUCUACUGUUCCUGUGGUUUCCCCUUGUCUUCGCUACCUCAUGGCAGUUCAAAACCACCUCCUCAGUAACACAAUUCUCAUCCGUCCUGAUGAUAAUGAUGACAGUGACAGCUCCCUCCAAGGGGAAACAAUGAAGGUACAGGAGCUGCAAACUUGUAUUCUGUCUCUGGCUACAAAAAUCCUUAUGAGUUGUGAUCAAGUGUUGGAAACGCUACAGCAGGUUACUACAGCUCUAAUCAACAGUGAAAUCACAGACCGAGAAACCAGGUUAAAAGGCCUAGAACAGAUCACAAAGGCGACCAUGCUGGGGCACCUUCUCCCUGUUUUACUGACCUCUUUGAUGCAUCCUAACCUACAAACCCUCACUCUUGCCGAUGCCCUAAUGCCUCAGUUAGUUCAGCUUGUUCUCUAUACCAGCCAGACCGCUCUUUUACUGAAAACUCAGGCACCAUUGUUCUCUGAGGAAACAUCACCUACAGUUUGUUGUCCAGGGGCCAAAGCAAGUGUAGCUGACGACAAGAUUCUUGAUGAACGUGAGGAGCCUGGAUUCCUAACUGGGUUAAAGAUUCCUGCCCCGUGGGCUGCUGGGAAGACCGUUGAAACAGUACAUCCAGUGAGAGACAAUUAUAAGUUUAAAGAGACCGUGCACAUCCCAGGAGCACGUUGUUUGUACUUACGAUUUGACUCUCGCUGCUCCUCACAAUAUGACUAUGACAAGCUGGUAAUUUAUGCAGGGCCCAACACUAACAGCCGUAAAGUUGCUGAGUAUGGUGGAAACACUCUGGGUUAUGGCAGUCGAAGUGUACUGGGCACAGGCUGGCCAAAAGAUCUUGUCAAGGUUGAAGGGGACACUGUAACAUUUUCCUUUGAAAUGAGGAGUGGACGUGAGCACAACACUCCAGAUAAAGCCAUGUGGGGAUUCUCCUGCACAGUCAGAGCUCAGGAGUCCUCAGAGGAUGUUUCUGGUGGCCUUCCAUUUUUAGCAGAUCUGGCACUGGGAUUGUCCGUGCUUGCUUGCUCAAUGCUACGGAUUUUAUAUAAUGGACCUGAAGUAACACGAGAGGAAGAGACCUGUCAUGAUUUGCUUUGCUCUAAGCUACUGCAAAGGUGUCAAUGGCAAGUUGAGGCAAAUGGUGCAAUAUCUCCAGCCUUGACCCCCAGCCCUUCACCUCUGCCUCCCACCAUUGAAGAGGAUCAGGAGUUUACUUACCCGUCAGAUGUGCUCAUUCCUCCUCCAGGUCUCAUGCCAGGAACUUACUUUGAUUUGCCUCGAAUUCGCUUGCCCCCAGGCAUCAUGUCGAGGCUCAGAGAAGUGUCAGGAAGAGCUCGCCCACAGUUCCGGCCUAGUAUUAAGGAGGUGAUCCGACCGGAUGUUAUGGAGGAGGUUAUUGUAUCAUGUGUUAUAAAACAUCUGAGCCUGGUGGAUGCUCUUCAGUCACUAGUGAACUACCAAUACCGUGAAGAUCAUGCUGAAGAAUAUGACCUUGUGUGUAAGAUCAUGGCUGAAACCUUUAAGAAGAUCAAUGCAAUGGAAAGGCAGUUGCAGAGUGUUGCAGAAUUGGAACAAAAGUGGCAGAAUGAGGUAGAGGAGGCUCAGCAGAGCAAGCUGGAAAACAACACACCAUUCUUCCAUGACUACCAUUUUUUUGAGAACAAAAUCAAGGAACUUGAGCUUCUGUGUUCGUUGAAAGAAAUCCCUCUUGACUUUAGUGACUUAGAAAAUGUUGUCCUUGCACUAAGAGAGAAGUUUUUUCAAGAAGUCAACUGCAUACACAUUAAAAAUAGCAUCCCUCUGGCUAAAACAAAAGCACUUCUCAAAAGCGUGAUGAAUCGCACUGAACUUCUACUUCAUGUUACCAUUGCGCCACAUUGUCGAAGUGUAACAACCACACCUGCUGGUACUCCAGGGCCAGCUUCCAAAUCUGUGUCAGAUGCCAAAACAGUCAUUCCUGUGGUAAAACAACCAGUCUUCCUGCGCAGUAUGUCUGCGCCCUCUGAUCUAGAGAUGAUUGCUAAUCAGGAUCUAGAGUUUACCCAUCCUCCACAUAGACGAAGACAUCAUCCGACAAGCCACCGCAGCAGCUCCUUUACCCUUCUCCAAUCGCUUGCUGUUGAAGACAGCAGGGACAAACCAACCUACAGUGUGUUGCUGGGACAACUUUUUGCUUUUAUUGGGACUACUCCAGAUCAAGCUGUCUCUAGCAGUAUUUUCCUGUCUGCUGCCCAGACGCGUUGGAAACGGGGUAGCACCCGCAAGCAGGCUCUUGUUCAUAUGAGAGAGCUGCUGACGGCUGCUGUCAGAGUUGGAGGAGUUACCCACCUCGUGGGGCCAGUCACAAUGGUUCUGCAAGGGGGUCCACGGAUUGACGAGUUGACCUGUGGAGGAAUGGUGGAGCAGGUGCAGGAUGCAUUUGGAGAGACCAUGUCUUCUGUGGUUUCACUGUGUGCUCGCUACCCAAUUGCUUGUGCCAAUAGUAUUGGAUUGCUGUGUACCAUUCCCUAUACAAGGAGUGAAGAGCAGUGCCUAGUUCGCAGCGGUCUUGUCCAACUCAUGGACAGACUUUGCAGCCUCAGUGGACAGAGAGAAUGCAGCUCUAAUGAAAAACAAACCAAAAAGCAGAAAGUAGCUACAAUGGCCUGGGCUGCCUUUCAGGUUCUUGCCAAUCGUUGCAUUGAGUGGGAGAAAGUUGAAGGUGGCUCUACAGAUGCAGUGCACUCUGGUUUAGCACGACAGGUUUCCAGCUUGCUAACAAAUCACCUGGCCAGAGCCACAGAGUGCUGUGGUAAUCAAGCAGCUGGUAAUGAUGCCUUACAAGAUGUGCUGAGUCUACUUAAUGAUCUAUCCAGGAGUCACAUUGGAAAAGCCAUUCUGAGCCAGCCAGCAUGUGUGUCAAAGCUGUUGUCUUUGCUGCUUGACCAGAGACCUUCUCCCAAGCUAGUUCUUAUUAUCCUACAACUAUGCAGAGCUGCACUGCCACUCAUGAGUGUGGAAGACUGUGGAAAUGUGGCCUUGCCAUCAUGGAGCUACUCUAUUAACACUCUAGAUGCAGAGCAACAAGAUGCCAAUGACCCAGCUUCACGGAUUGCGGCCUUGCUAUUGGCUAAACUUGCAGAUUAUGUUGUGCCAGGCUGUCAGACACUGCUUUCACCCAGUUCUUCAGAGCCUGACACAAGUCUAACUCAUCCCAGUUCAAAAGGCGCUUUGAAGUCUGAAGAUGCUGGAGAGGAGGGUGAAGCUGUUGAUGGCAAACUAUCUGUUUUUAUUCACAAACGGGAGGACCAAUCAUCUCAUGAAGUCUUGCAGCCGCUUCUAAGCAGUUCAGAGGGUCGUCCUUUUAGGCUCGGCACAGGUGCAAAUAUGGAAAAAGUAGUAAAAAUGGACAGAGACAUGACAAAGAGUGGCUGCUGUGAGGUAAUCACUGAAGAAGCAUCUGCUGCCCUGAGGAAAGCCAACAAAUGGGCCCAGUCUGGUCUCAUUGUGAGUGUAGGGCCACCUGUGGAAACUAUGGCCCAGGAAACUGCUGGAGGCACCACAACUGGGGACAAAAAGAAAACUGCACAAACAGCUGUGUGUAGGGACCGAAAUGCAGAUCUAGCGAGGUCGGACCCUGUGAGACCUUUCAUAAGCGGGCAUGUUGCCAACAGUAUGGCUGCUGAGGUCAUUGCACUACUACAUAGUCUGCUCACUGCUCCUGAGUCCAACACUGCUCAGAUCUGGACAAGCACAGCUGAAAAAGUGCUUUCUAGGGCACUGAUGUUUAUUCCCCAGCUUGGAAAAUACGCUGAGAGUAUUUUAGAAAACGGUAGCAGCAGUGCCAGGAAACUGGCUAAACUUCAAGCUAUAGGUAGACAGGCAGUUGCUGCACUCUGUGCCCUGGGUGGCUUCAAAGAAACUAUCAAGAUUGGCUCUGAAGUUCAGGUGGUUGGAAAAGGUGUGAUGGGCAGUGUUGGUAUAGUUAUGUCCAUUAAUGAGCAAGAAGGUAUUGCAACAGUUAGGUUUCCUUUGUCUGAAUACAAAAAAACUUGCAAAGCCCCUGACAUCCUGACGGUACCAAUAUCACGCCUGUGCACUCCUCGAUCAGAGGCUCUUCCACUUCACAAGUUAUCAAUCACAGAAAAGGUGGUCCAAGCAGUGCAAUCAAUGUUAUUGCCACAAGAGGGCAGUCUCUCUAUCCACACUUCACUCCCAGCUACAGGGGAUGGAUCCAGUCCAGUCAUGGCCGCAGUGCGCCUACUGGCUGAAAUAAGAACUCGAGCAUGUCUUGUCAUGGCACAGCUUCUUGAAGACAGCUCUUUCUGUGAAGAGUUUAUCCAGCAGUGCCCGGCUGCUGUUGAGGUCCUUAAUCUAGUUGCACAGGAGUGUAGUCCUGGUGAGAGACUAUGUAUGGUUGAAGCCCAGUGUGAAAGAGUUAGGAUGCUCUAUAGAGAUUGUGCAAGACCUCCUCCACCUCCAUUGCAAACUGACAGACGUCAGCCAAAAGAAAUCACCUGGUGCCCAUCCAGAGUUUUUCCUCCAGUACGAGCGUGUAUGUUUUCCUCCCGUCUGACCUCUGUGACCUUUCUGGCUGAUCCGAGUGCUGGUGGAGGGCUGCCCAGAGGGACCUUUAUUUAUGCUACAUCACCUGUUCCUGUUCAGGCUCCAUCCUUUUACUGGGAAAUUGAAAUAGUUUCCUACGGAGACUCUGAGGAAGACAGUGGCCCAAUUGUGUCCUUUGGUUUUGUCACAGAAGCAGAGAAACGAGAUGGUGCAUGGACCAAUCCAGUUGGCACAUGCCUUUUCCACAACAAUGGUCGAGCAGUGCAUUAUAAUGGCUCCAGCCUUCUUCAGUGGAAAAGUGUUAGAUUAGAUGUGGCAUUACUUCCUGGGGAUGUGGCUGGAAUAGGCUGGGAGAGGUCUGAAGGAACUCCUCCUCCCCCUGGUCAAGCACCCAAAGGAAGGGUCUACUUCACUUACUGUGGCCAGCGACUCGGGCCAAUUCUUGAUGAUGUUUCAGGUGGCAUGUGGCCCCUGGUGCACAUCCAGAAGAAGAAUGCUAAAAUUCGUGCUAAUUUUGGAAACCGGCCAUUUGCAUAUGCAGAAGGUCAAGCGCACAGAAAUGCUGCAGAUUUGUGUGUGGAUUUGGCUGAAGAAAUAAGUGCUAAUUUUGAAGCACUUCCAUUUGCAAUGGCUUCAGACAGUGAUAAUGAUGCUGGGACUAGUGUUACGUCAGACUCUGGCUCUCAUGGGCCACCGUGCCGUAUCGCUGCUGUUGCAGUAACUCAGCAGCAGUACAACAGUGACUUGUCCUGUCAUUACAAAGUAGAACUGAGUUAUGAGAACUUGGUCACCUCCGGACCAGAUCCACAUCCUCCCCCUAUUGCAGAUGAUGAAAGUGAUGAUGAGGAUGAUGAUGAUGUUCCACGAGAAGAUCAUUAUGCCUUGUUGGUUAAAGCUUGGGAGACUAAAGUAUUUCCAACAAUUCGUAGACGGUUUCGUAAUGAAGCUGAAAGAAAAUCUGGACUAGACCAGAUUAAAGGAGCUCUGCAGCUUGGUAUGGUUGACAUUGCAAGGCAAACUGUUGAAUUUCUUUAUGAGGAGAACGGGGGUAUUCCUCGUGAUCUCUAUCUCCCUACUAUUGAGGACAUCAAAGAUGAGGCCAACAAGUUUACCAUUGAUAAAGUUCGCAAAGGCUUGACUGUCGUCAUCCGUUGCCCGGACAGCAACAAUACGAGCAGUACUAUUGGAGGAACAGCAUUGCCAAAAUUUGCCAUUCGGGGAAUGCUGAAGACAUUUGGGCUUCAUGGAGCUGUGCUAGAUGUAGAUUCUGUAAAUGAGCUGGUACAAGUUGAAACGUACCUCCGCAGCGAGGGUGUGUUGGUCAGAUAUUGGUAUCCAAUUGAAAUGCUGGAACGCCCACCUGCCGGAUCUCGAAGGACAGCCUCCAAUGGUUUAGUCUCACUUGACUCUAGCAACAUUCAGAUUCACAGGGAGCUAUUGCGAUGUGAAAGUGCCCUGGCUCGUCUGUACUGUAGAAUGGCCUUGCUCAAUAUUUUUGCUCCUAAGAACCCACACACGUUCACACGGCUUUUUCACAUCCCUGCCAUUCGUGACAUUACUCUGGAGCAUUUGCAACUUCUGUCUAAUCAGCUGCUGGCACCACCGUUGCCUGAUGGCACAAUAAGUUCAAACUCAAUCCUUUUGGCACAGUCGGUGCUUCAUAACAUCCAGAGCCAGAGCUGCUCUCUUACAGACUUAUUUUAUCAGGGCAACGCUCAGCCCAUUUGUGAGUGGUUGACUGUGGCCAUCACUCGUGCCUUACAUCAAGGGGAAGAAAGUCUGCUGGAGCUCACGAAGCAAAUAUGCUGCUUUCUACAGAAUGCCCCGGAGCAGUUCACAUCCGAAGAGUUUCCUGUGACAGAGUCAAAACUUUGCAUGGAUGUCAGCUUUCCUGGUGCAGCAUUUGUAAUUGUCUCUUGUAAGGAAAGCCAACUUGGCUCCCGCAAAGAUUCUGGUCUAUACAAGGCUCCCUGGGCACGAGUCAUGGUGUAUGGCCAGGGUCAUAAAGUACGCAGGAAUGGUCAGCUGAAUAUGAUGGAGGCAGUGUGUUAUCCUUUGGACGCAUCACCAGCUAACACAGGCCUCACGCCGCCUCCAAUUACAAACCAGUUUCCCUCUGUUAUCAUCCCCACUGAUAAAGUACAUGUUAAAUUAGGAGUGUCUCCUCCUCCUGGUGCUGUUUUGGUUUUGCAUUCACUUCCUCUUGAGUUUCCAUUGGCCCUGGCAUUUGCAGAACAACUGUUGACAUGGAAACUGGUUGAUGGUAGUGAGAGGUCUGAGGAGGAGUUAUACACAGUACCCUCUUCUGUCCUGCUACAAGUUGUAGAGCUUUUAGGUGGGUUAUUAUGGACUACAGAUCUUGCCCCUUCUAUCAAGGAACUUGUUUUUCACUUGCUAGCUGAACUUUUGAGGAAGAUCCACUAUUUGGAGCAGCGCAAGAGUCCUGCUGGUCUCUCGAGCUCCAUUGCUCUGUUGCUAAAUCCCUGUCUUGCUGUUCUGAUGACUCUGCAAACAGAACUGCGGAAGCUUUAUGAUAGAGAGACACAGGGAUGGGCAUCUGCAGGCACCGGCCCUGGAGCAUCUUCCUCUACAGGAAUCCCCUUGGCUCUGGGUGCAGAGCAAAGCCGCUUCUCCACCUACUUUCAUGCUCUGAUGGAGGUUUGUCUGGCAGUGGCAGAGGUGACACUACCACUGAGUGUUGGUGGGGGUUCAUCUGUUGGACCCUUGUCCUCCACCAGUGCACCCAACCUCAGUGACUCCUCCUCUUCAUCAUCAUCAUCCCCUGGCCAAACCCCUCAGAGUCCGAGCAUUUUGUCCAAACGAAAGAAGGUGAAGUUAAAGCGUGAGAGAGCUGCUGCCGCAGUGGCAGCUGCCGUGUGUGGGAAACGGGGAACUGGAGCUGCUCGUCUGUCCGAAAGCGACAGUGCACUAUUAAACAUGGCGGGCAGCAAACCUGAGGACUUGCUCUGGUUUCAUCGUUGCCUCACUCUCUUAAUGAUUUUAAGACAUCUUGCCAACAAAGACCCUCAGGGUCUGAGUGUGACCAGUGAUGCAGUAACAGAUGCCUGCCAGGCUUUGGUGGGUCCCACUGCCCACAGUCGCCUCUUAGUACUUUCUGGUAUUCCCACUCACCUCGAGGAGGCAGUUGUCCGUAAUGCCAUUCGCAGGGCUUGUAAUGGGCAUGGAGGACUGUUCAAAGAUGAAAUCUUUAUCCCUCUGCAAGAGGAGGAUCUCAGUAAGUCCAAAGUAGCACCUGUUGUUUCAAGCCCAACAGACUGUAAAACAGUUCCUGAAGCAGAGCGCGGUUUUCAGAGCACUGUGGGUCCUGAGAGCCCAGACAGCUCUAGCAGCGUUACUCCUGCCAUGAGUGUGAGUGCCUCUGCCUCCACAAGCCAGACAUCCAUCUACAGCUCGUCUCAGGGUGUGUCUCGCACUGCCAGUGAGCUCUCUGUGGAUCAGGACACGCCAGCAACUCCUGCUCUGACUCCGGCUGCUGCGGCUUCACUUCCAUAUCCCCAACAUGGACCACAGGACCCCCAGACUGUGUCCAGUCAAGAGAGUCUUGAUUUUUCACUCACGAAUGGGGGCUCGAUGCAAACGGUUGCCUCAAUUGAAAGCAAUACAGUCAUGUCCAGGCCUAUAAAAGGAUACGCUGUCAUUGAGGUACGCUCUCGAGCCAAAGUGGAAAAGAUUCGUGCAAGUCUUUUCAACAGUAGUGACCUAAUAGGCUUGUCAAGUCUUGAAGGGGAGGAGGAGCUCAUGGAGUUGACCAAUGAGGAGAUUCUAACUGCUUCCAGUGUUAACCAAAGUUUGUUUGAUACGCAAGGAAGCUCUGCUCUUGAGGACUAUUUUUUAGACAAAUCAAUUAAAGGGGACAAGCUUGUACCUGGAGCCAGAGAGGUUCUUACUGACAUUUUUAAAAGCUGUAUGCAUUCAGAGCAGAUGCUGAGCCUCACACCAACCAAACCAAUCAAAGUGUCCGAUAUUUAUCUCAGCAAAGAGCAGAUCAAUUCUCAGACCCCUGGCAAUCUGUUGCACACAUUCUUCACAAAUGUUCGUUCUCAUAAGAAAGUGCUUGACGACCAGCUAACGCAGAUUUUGCGAAAAUAUGGCACUCUCAAACCAAAUAAAAACAAGUAUAACAAAGCGGGGAAAGAGCAGCACCAAGCCAAGGUAGUUAGCACCAAGAGGCCUAUCACUAAGCCCCCCACCAAAGAGAAGUCUGUGCUCAACAGUGUGCGAACUGCACUUAGUGAAAAGAAGGCUGUUUUAAAGCCAAAAUCUCCAGAGAAAUCCAAACCUGAUGAAAAGGAUUUGGAAAAGUCUCCUGCCAAAAAACCUGAAGUUUCCGAAGAAAAAUUCUUGACAUUGGAAGGAUUUCAUAAAUUUGCGGUUGACCGAGCCAAACAGGACAUUCGCAGUGUGUGGAGGGCAAUUCUGGCUUGUGGAUAUGACCUUCACUUCGAAAGAUGCACCUGCAUGGACACUCGGCAUGCACAAAAGGCGUCUCGGAAGUGGACUUUGGAGAUGGACGUUGCAUUGGUCCAGUACAUCAACAGACUCUGUCGUCACUUGGCUAUCACGCCGGCCCGCCUGCACCCACAUGAAGUUUACCUGGACUCCAGUGAUACUGCUGAUCCUCGUGUGGCUUGUCUGCUAAAUGUGCCUGUGGAAAGCCUGCGUUUGCGGUUUGCUCUGCUUCAGUCUCUAAACAACACCCUGGAAAGCUUCUUUCUACCUCUGGUGGAGUUGCGACAAACUCGUACCUAUCAAAACAGUAUUGCUGCAUUACUAUGUGAAGCCAAAGGCUUAAUAUUUUAUGAUACUAAAGUCACAGUUAUGAACAGAGUGCUGAAUGCUACAGUACAGCGCACAGCUGACCAUGCAGCUCCUGAAAUAUCUCUGGACCCUCUGGAGAUUGUUGGAGGUGAGAUUAGAACAUCAGAGAACACAUAUUUCUGCCAGGCUGCACGGCAGCUGGCUUGUGUCUCAUCCUCUCAGCUCUGUGUGAAACUCGCCAGUGGAGGAGACCCUACCUAUGCCUUCAACAUUCGCUUUACUGGAGAAGAAGUUCAUGGCACAAGUGGCUCCUUCAGACACUUCCUAUGGCAGGUGUGUAAGGAGCUGCAGAGUUCGGCUCUUUCUCUAUUGCUUCCAUGUCCAAGUGCUGCUGCCAACCGCAACAAGGGGAAGUAUAUCUUGACACCAUGCCCCAUCAGUUACUCAGAGGAACAGUUGCUCCACUUCUUUGGUCAGCUGCUGGGCAUUGCCAUCCGAGCAGAUAUCCCACUCCCAUUAGACUUACUGAGCUCCUUCUGGAAGGGUUUGGUGGGGGAGAGCCUGGAUCCAGAGCACGACCUACAAGAAGCCGAUGUCCUUACAUACAACUUGGUUCAAAAGUUUGAAAAUCUUAGUGAUGAUGCCGAGUUGGAAUCGCUCUGUGCAGAGAUUUCUUCCCAGCAUCAGUCAGGGGAAAGUCCAGACUCCCCUAGCCGGCCGUGCUGUACCUUCACUUAUUUUACGAUGAGCGGUGAAGAGGUGGAGUUAUGCCAGGGCGGACGCAACCGCACUGUUUGUUGGGAAAACAAGGAUAUGUACGCUCGUGCAGUGAGGAACCUUCGCCUAAGAGAAUUGCAGAAUAUGGAGUGUAUGACUGCUGUGCGUGCGGGUCUGGCCUCCAUCAUCCCUCUUCAGCUCCUCACUAUGCUCAGUCCUUUUGAAGUGGAGUUGCGCACCUGUGGCCUACCAUACAUAAACUUGGAAUUUCUGAAGGCUCACACUAUGUACCAGGUGGGUCUGAUGGAAACUGAUCAGCACAUAGAGUUCUUCUGGACUGCACUUGAGAUGUUUACACAGGAGGAGCUCUGCAAAUUCAUCAAGUUUGCGUGCAACCAAGAGCGCAUCCCUUUCACCUGCCCCUGCAAAGAUGGAGGCCCAGACACUGCACAUGUUCCUCCUUAUCCCAUGAAGAUAGCUCCUCCUGAUGGAGCCGCAGGUCAGCCUGACUCUCGCUACAUCCGAGUGGAGACGUGCAUGUUCAUGGUCAAACUGCCUCAGUACACUUCUUUGGACGUGAUGCUGGAGAAACUCCGUUAUGCCAUUCACUAUCGUGAGGAUCCACUCAGCGGCUGA